AAAGUGUUCACGUCAACAGCGAAACAAAACACAUGUAUAACAUGACAACUGACCAGAACUGUCAAUUGCUCUAGCUGUAUUUAUUUUUUACUGUAUCAGGAUAAUUGUCACUGUCAGAAAUAUCGAUGACACAAAUUGGACGGAAAAGAGAAACUACCCAUGGUAUAAUGGACCACACCAGAAUUUGAACCCCAGACUCCUGAAUUUCUUCAUUUAAUCUCUUCAGGCUGCAAUGUCAGACAAACUGAAGAAGAGCAUCCUCCUGGGCUGUAUGAAUCAUCUCCCCACCCUGAAUUCAAGAGUCGUCCGGAUCUUCAUCAGUUCUACAUUUACAGACACCAGAGAAGAAAGAAAUAUUCUUAUUGAAGAAGUCUAUCCCAAACUUCAGUCCUAUUGCAAACAGAAUUAUGGGUUGGAAUUUCAGGUGGUGGACAUGAGAUGGGGAGUUCCUGAGGAGGCCUCAGAUGACCACUCCACUUCUGCCCUUUGUCUCGCCGAGGUCCUCAACUGUCAGAAGCUAUCCACAGGGCCAAAUUUUGUAACCUUUCUUAACCAGCGUCAUGGAUACAGAGCUCUUCAGUCAGUGAUUGCACAGAAAGAGUUCACUCAGUUGAUGGAGAGUCUGAGAUCAAUGGGAGAGGAUUUGUCAUCAUUCGAUGUCUGGUACAAGGAGGAUGAAAACUCCAUUCCUCCAGUUUUUGUCCUCCAGCAGAUAAGCAGUGUCAUAUCAGAUUACAAACUAAAGGACCCUGAAGCAGUAAAGAAGUGGGAGAGAGUGGCUGAGGAAAUGCGGGAUAAAUUUAAGCGGGCGAGUCAACAUUCUCAUGCUGAAGGGAAGAUGACAGAAGAGGACAAACACAAGUACUUCAUGUCAGUGACUGAAGAUGAAAUACAGCAGGGGAUUCUGAAGUCACCUGGGAAUCCCGCAGAACACUGCCUUUGUUUUGUGAGGAUUAUUGAGGAUAUUUCCUACAAUCUGGGUCACUCCAAAGCUUGGCGGUACAUUGAUAUGUCUGGUAAUACAAUAAACCAGGAGGCACAGGAAUUACUGGGACAACUUAGAGAGGACCGACUCCCACAAUUCAUCAGUAAAGACAAAAUGCAAAGAUCGGUGGUGAAGUGGAGUGAUAGAGGAGGAAUAAAUCGGGAGGACCACAGGGAUUAUCUGGAGGAGUUUGCCGGUCAGUUUUACGAAGGCAUCAAAAUCCUGCUGGAUAGAUCGGUCUCCAUGGAGAGUGAACUGUCAAAAGACAACUUGUACAUCGAGGUGUUACAGCACCUGACUAUGGCUAAAGAACGAUGUGCCAUGUUUCAUGGUCGACAGGAAAUCCUGGACAAAAUUGCCAGUUAUUUGAGAGAGGGAAGCCCAGAACCUUUCACAAUCUAUGGCCCUUCUGGAAGUGGAAAAACCUCCAUCAUGGCUGAAGUUGCUAGAAGGGUUCCCUUUGAGUAUCACAAAGACGCUGUGGUAAUCCUGCGGUUCCUGGGAACUUCCCCAGACAGCAGCAAUCUACGUCGACUUCUUCGCAGCCUCUGCAGCCAGAUCUUGUACAACACCACAGGAAAUACUGUUGAUGUCCCAGAAGAGUUUGAUGAAUUGGUGAUUUUGUUCCAGGGCCUGCUGGAUGAGUACAGGUCAGACAGACCACUGGUCAUUAUUCUGGACUCCCUGGACCAGUUAUCUGAAGACCAUGCUGCAUACAAACUCCGAUGGUUGCCAAGGAAACUAAAACAAAAUGUCCGCAUUGUGUUGUCCUCUUACAUAGAGACUUUGGAAUUAGUGACAAAUUUGAAAGUUCUGUUUAGUCCUAAGAGUUUCAUCAUUGUCCCAGUUUUAGGGGAAGAGUUAGGAUUUCAGAUUCUGAAGGUGUGGUUGGAAGGAAGCAACAGGACGCUAACUUCUGAACAGUUUGAAAUUGUCCAAAAGGCUUUCCAGGUUUGUAGUCUCCCUCUGUUUGUAAAACUUGUCUUUGAAAAUAUUCUGAUGUGGAAGUCGUACACCCCAGUAGAUAUGUGUAUCCUAAAAACAACCCUUCAAGAGAGUAUAUCCACAUUAUUUGCUCAGCUGGAGAAUAAACAUGGAAAGAUGUUUGUAGAGAGGUCAUUUGCUUAUCUCACAGCCUCAUCCUCAGGUCUCAGUGAACUGGAGUUGGAAGAUGUCAUGUCAAUAGACGAUGUACUGCUGACAGAAGUCUUUAAAUUCCAGCUCCCUCCAAUCAGGAGAAUCCCAUCCCUACUCUGGGUCAGGUUAAAGUACGAUGUUCAGAAGUAUAUUGUGGACAAAGAGGUAGACGAGACUCGGGUAACGUUUUGGUACCAUAGGCAAUUCAUCGAAGCCAGUCAGGAGCGCUACCUGAAGGUCAAACGUUUUGCAGUGGAAAUUCAUUCCAACCUUGCAGAUUACUUCCUGGGCACAUGGUACAAUGUGCCAAAGCCAUUCAAAUAUACUCCAGAGCAAGCCAAAAAAUAUGGCAUAUCCUCGCUUGAUUCCGCAGCCGACAGAAAAAUAGCCGCUCAACCACUCAAAUUUUUGUAUACAGACAAGCAAGGAAAAGAACAAGUCCGAUUCAACAAACGUAAAUUGAACAAACUACCAUUCCAUUUAGCAAAUUCAGACAGAGAGGCUGAACUCAAAGCUAUUUGCUUAUACAACUACCAUUUCCUUUUUGCCAAAAUCAAAGCUACCUCAGUCAUACAAGUCCUUGGUGAUUUUAUAUAUACCAACAGUACUAUAUCCAGUGCUUUAGAGAAAGUACUAAAGUCCUGUCAGUCUAGUCUCCAGAAGUACCCAGAAUCCCUUGCAUUUGAAGUGUCUGGACAUAUGUUGUCAUACCUGACUGACAAGAAAUCCAGUCCAGAGAAAAUGUUGGUUACAGAGUGUUUGGAAGUAUCAGAUGAUCAAAAGAUCCCAAUCCCGUAUGUGACCUGUUACCAUGUUCCAAGUGAAGCAAUGCUGUAUAAGAUUGAAAAUCAAAAGUUGCCUUAUGGUUGCACAAAUACAGCAAUAUCUGAUGAUGGGAAUCAUCUUGUUGCUUUAGCUGAAAACAACCUGGUUUUUUUCUGGGAUUUGACCAUUGGAGAACUAGAAUGUGAACUACAAGUGUUUAAUCCAGAUGAAUGCAAGCUGAAUAUCAUGGGCUUUGAAAGCUGUGAAAAUGUGGUGUAUUUCUCUUCAGCAUAUCAAAAGACAAUGCAUCCUUUCAUCACGGUGAACACACAGACUUCAGAAAUUAAGAAAUCCCUGAUUCUUGGGAAGAACUACCCCUCUGUAGGAAUGGCUGAUUCUCUCAAAUAUGCCUUGGUGGAGCAGAAGAUAUAUAGCCUUCACAAAGGUCAUUCUGCAGAUGUGUUCUGCUCAGAGACGGGUCAGCAUGUACACAACUUUGGUAUUUUAGCUGAUGACAUGGUCAUAUCCCCUGACAAAAAACUGACAGUGUUCCAUUUGAAAUCCACAACAACUUUUGCUGCCUACAGUGUGAAGACUUUGGAUGAGCUUCACAGAUUCGAGGUGGCUGGACCUCCUCUUUCUUUCGUUUUCUCACCUACAACUAAUGAAGCCUUUGUUUUGUUGAAAAAUACAAGUCAAGUCCACAUGAUCAACAUUAACAAGGACGAUGGUACCGUGGGACAUGUUCUCAGUGAAAUCAAAUCUCCAGAUGGACAAAAAAUUCAAGCUGCCAUGAUGUCUUCUAGUGGUAAUUUCCUGGUUUUAAGGACAGAAGAAGGAAUUCUACUUUGGAAUUACAAAUCAAAUAAACUUCACAAACGGUUCAGAAUUCCAGAUUCCAUUAAACCUGAGCACCGUGUUUUAGAUAUGUUCAGCAAUCUUCUUAAUGAUGACAAUACAUUGGUCAUAGGAUAUGAAGGUCACCUCAUUGUGUGGGACGUAGCAAAGGGUAGCACCAGGGCAUGUAUAGAGGCCAGCAAGUCAGUGCUGAGUUUCUUAGAAGUUAACAAUGCAAGGAAUUUGGCAUUUACCACUUCUAAAAGGAACAAUGCAAUCCAGGUGUGGAAACUGGAUGCCAUGGGAACAAUUGACUCAAAGUUUCGGCCAUUGUCAAUGAAGUCCAGUCCAAGAUAUAUCGAUGUGUCAAAGACGGGUCAAACAGCAAUAGUAAGAGGAAAUUCUGCCAAUGAUGUGUCCGUAUUGGACUUGGUCAGUGCUAGAAUCAGGACAGUAAUUUCAGAAUGUUAUGACAUCAUGCGACCAGUAGUGACAUCAGAUGGAGCUCAUGCUGUUUUACGAGAGUACCAUUCAGAUAAUACACUCAAGAUAUGGGAUACAGAAACUGGAAACAUGGUGUGUUCACUUCCUGUUAGCAGUUUGGCUUUGAAACACUACAAAUGUUCCAAUACCCGCGUGUUGGUGAAAUGCCUAAAUGACAACUCGAGUUCUGAAUAUAGUUUCUGGGACAUCAAAUCAGGAAAGAAUCUACACACAUUUCAUGUUGACUAUUUUAAUAUUGGGGAAAUCAUUCUAGAGAUGACACAUUGUGAUGAGGAAAUUUUGAUUUCUAGAAACCAGAAAGGUGAAGAUGUAGGGACUUGUGAUCUGUUGCUUGUAAAUAUUUAUACUUUGGAGGAACUUGUUAUUGUGAAGGGUGUUCACCCCUCCAGGAUACAGCCUCUUGGAGAAGGUGGAUACUUAUUUCUCUUAGAGCUGGUGGACAGCCAGUUGCAAUAUCUUGCCAUCUUGGACACAAAGGCCAAAAAAGUGAUUAAAAAAGAGAAGGUUGACCCUAUGCCUAAUUCCUAUCUGAGUGUAGAUGGUGCUGGUUGUUAUGGAAUCGACAGGGUUUUGAAUCUGUAUGACUUGAAUUCCUUGAAACAUGUUUGUCAGUUUGAUGUUGAGGAAGCAGACGUUAUGCUAAAGAAUGUCAAAACCAGAGCUACAGCACCCAAAGUGAUGCCAAAUGGACAGACUGCUGUGUGGUUAAAUGUACGGGGAGGAUUACUGAAAGUGGGAAGUAUCAAGGAGAGAAAAGUUCAGAGUGUGUUUCCAGUACAUAGCAUCCCCAUCAACUUAGAUGUGUCUUCUCAGGGGUUAAUCAUUGUAGGAUGUGAGGAUGGAAGAAUCAUGUUGCUGCAGGUGCCAGACUACUCAACAGAAUCCAAACACAGGAUCACUAUGAUGAUUCAUGAUAUUUCACAGAGAUUAAGUCUCCUCUCUAAGGGCAUGUACUUGGGACUAGGUAAAAAUAGUAACCAGAGAAAAGAACAGGGAAGCAAGACAUCUAGUGUGUGCGUGGUUGUGUAGUAUAGACUUGAGUCUAUUAUGGCAUGUGAUCAAUUUUGUUGUUACCAAUAUCAGUAUGGCAAGGCUCUUUCUUUGAUCUUUGAACAUCAUACUUUGUACAGUAAAACAUAGCAUAGCAAAUUCACACUUACAGCAAUGUUAUUUUCAUUCCCUUUUAUUCUAAAACAUAAUUGUAAACUCAUGCAAUAUAAUGAAUUACAUUUACAUGUAUAACGGAUCAAAUUCCCCCCACCCCCAGUACUUCACUAUAAGCACAUUUUACUAUUAUAUUGUAAUGGUGACAGGAUGUGUUGGAUUCCAAUCAUGCCUCAGGAAAAUGGAGGAUGCAAGAGGGUUUUUAUCUGUGAUAUUAGAUUAAAUUAUUGUAUUUAUAUUUGUAUUGUACAUUGUAUACAAUUUGAUAUUUGAAUUUUUGUUCAACUCUAUGUCACUUGUAGAUGUACUACUGCCCAAUGUUGAUAUGAAGUUAUACACUUUGUUCCAUUACAUUUUCAGUUUGGUAAUCAUUACACUUCUUGUGAGAAAUACCAUGGUAAGCAGUUUGCCAUAAUUAUGACAAGUGUGGCCAUCCCCUCACAGAAACUCUUCUUUGGAAUUUUUAUUCCAUAACCUUGGCUGAUGUUUUCUAUUUCUAAAGUUGAAAACCAGUAGGAACCAAGGUGUUGGUGUAGCAAGAUAGCAACUUCACAAGUAUAUCUAAAAUUUACUACAAACUACACAACAAAAACUACUUCACAAGAAAAUUACUUUUCCAAUGACCAUGACCAUUUACUGGUAACACCAAUGGGAACUAGAUCUCUAUGCAAGGUUUCAUUGGUGGUAAAAAUUGAAUAAGAAAUGGAAGUUAAAUUUUUUUGAUUGAAUUUGAUUUCAACUUAUGAUUAAUGUAUUUUGACUUUCAAUAAAUUGAUGGUUAAAGAGGGAUUAGAUGGCAAAGUCAUGUUUACCAGUUAUUACUAAAACUGACAAAAACAUCUUUACAGUGCAUAAAAAUCACCACUGACAUUAAAAUUCAUGCAUUUUGUUAUCUUUUAUUAUAAUUUUGACAUUACAAUUUCUAUUGUUUAUAUAGAAACAAUGGCUGAAACAUGAUAGUUUAGAAUAUGUGCAAUACAUUUUGGAGAAAAUCUAUAUAAUUUUCAUAAAAUUUUGUGAUAGGUCACCCUAUUUUUGACUCUUGAGAUUUAUUUUCUUAAAUCACUUAUAUCACAGCAUUUUAGAAAAUUGACAGGUACCUGUCACCUGAGGAUAGUCCAAGGCCGAAAUUGUUGAAGGUUCACUCAAACACAUACUUUAAUAGGGAAAACAUUCCAUUAUGCAGCAUCCAUCAGUCCAAGUCACCUGAGUGUUUUAAAAUAGCAUUUUUAUAGAUUAUCAUUUCGUAACUAUUUUUAUUCAGUUUUAGUUGUUGUCUAUUUACUCUGCAUUAUAAUUUUUAAUUACACUCCAGUGCAUUUUUACAAUAUCCUAUGAAUGUCCAUUUAACUGUUAUUUAUUAUCUGGAUACAUAUUUUUAUAUUUAUUUUACAGUUGUAUUUGUUCAGUGCCUUAGGGUAUUAUUAUAUAAGGCACUAUAACAUUUAUUAUUCCUAUUGUCAUCAGAGAUAUUUCCCUUUCAUUGAAUUUGAUGGUUAAUAAUAUGACAUGAACUAGUGAUAGAAACUAACAAAGUUUGUUGUUGGUUAUUUUCGGAUUUCAUUUAGCAUCAUAGAGAUUCUCCUAGAAGUUGGCUAAUAAUACUUGUAUAAAGUCAAUAGAAUUAGUUAUUUUAGCCACACCUCCAAGUUUGAAGUAUUUGGUUGGCCUUGGACCUUUCUCAGGUCUAGCCAGGGUGGAUACCAGGUUUUCCCUGGUCCAGCCAUCAUGCCUAUUCCUAAAGUAGAUACAUGUACAUUAUGUACCAGCCUUUGCCUCCUGUCUUGUUCGCUUGAGUCCCUCUAUCAUUGUAGUGUAGUGUCCAUUCUCAGGUACAUGUUUGAUGUAACAUGUGUUGUCGUACAUGGGAUUGACAGCGUUUUGGACCUUGCAUUUAUAUUGACGAAUGAAGUUAGCACAUCAUCUUGUUUUCCAUUUGUUCAUAAACUUAUUUAAUUAUUUACAGUAAUAAAUUUUUUAAACGUUUAAUUU